GCCGGCCUCCCCUAUCCCUUUCCUACGUGGCAAAGGGCGCCGCAUGGGCAGCGCGGGCAGCCUUCACCGGCUCGCGCUGGCAGCACAAGAAAUCUAUCUUAUAAAUAGCUUCUCGCCUCUCUCCAACAUCAAACCUAAUUCUCUCUCUUGCUGAACGACUCCCCCUUUUCUUGCCCUCAAUUCUACAUCACCGAGGCGACUCCGUUCUCUAGGGAAUUGUCGAAGGCCGUAAUUCGGAACGCAGAAGGCCCUUCCUACGGAGAGAGACAGGAUUUUGAGAUAACAAUUGGUGGAGGAGGGUUGAAAAUAUGGAGCACGACAAGACUGAGUGCCAAACUCCUGAAGCUCCAAUUCUUUGCAUCAACAACUGUGGAUUCUUUGGGAGUGCAGCAACCAUGAACAUGUGCUCCAAGUGCCACCAGGAUCUGAUAUUGAAGCAGGAACAGGCCAAACUGGCAUCAUCAUCCAUUAAUGACAUUGUAAAUGGCAGUGGUAGUAGCAGUGGAGAAGAGCCAAUAGUUUCCGGGAAUGCAGAUGUAGCUGUUGGCCCAGUGGAGCCAAAGACCAUCUCCGCACAUCUGUCUGAUUCAACAGUCAUAAGUGAGGGUGGUGAGACAAAGGUGAAGGUUGGCCCAAAUAGAUGCAGCACUUGUAGGAAGCGAGUCGGGUUAACCGGGUUCAAUUGUCGUUGUGGAAAUCUUUUCUGUGCAACACAUCGCUAUUCUGAGGAGCAUAACUGCCCAUUUGAUUACCGAACAGCAGGCAGGGAUGCUAUAGCCAAAGCCAACCCUGUUAUCAAAACUGAAAAGCUUGACAAGAUCUAGAGACAUGGACAAGAAGGUUGAUGGAAUCUGGGAAAGCUUGUCUUCUGGUCUAUGGCUUCUCGAGUCAUGCUGGCUCCUUGUCUUCAUAGGUGUCCUUUAUUGCCAUAAAUGGAUAGAGGCAUGACGCUGAGGCAUUCUUGUAGCCUGAAUAACUCUGGUUGGGUGCAGAAGGUUUCCAUGUUGGCUAUGGUGUGUAAGCUUUUUAUUUGUGUCGUGGAUGAUUUAGAGUUCUUAUGAUGUGGCUAUCUUUAUGAUAUUCUGUUGUAUCUUCUGUAUUGUGUUUCAGCAGUGAUAGUGCCCUAGUGAUGUGAAUGGUUUAUAUCUUCUUUGUGUUUCAUUACUAUUUUUGUGAAAUGGAGUUACAAGGGAAGAUUGGGGUUCACAUUGAUGUCCUA